AUGUAUUCUUCCUUAUCUGUUACUCAGGAGAAUCUCGCUUUGAGAAGGGCAUCAUCGUAUACAGAUGAUGUUUUUAUCCGCGAGAUUCUCCGACAAACCAACGUUACGGCUACAGAGCUAGGCCUUGAAGUUACGAACAAUGAUGAGAUAGUCGCCGCAAGGGAGAAGGGUCGAGAACCGAUUCUUGAAAGAUACUUUAAGUUUCAGAGCAUCAGAGGUGGUCUCGACUACACCAUAGCUAGCCUCGGGCAUGAAAUCGGAGUCAAGACGCGGUACAGCAAGACAGAACUGAAGAAGUAUGAUAUCAAGAUCCGGAAGGGAAGAGAUUUUGCUAUGAAAAAACGCAUCCGUCGUGGGGUUUCCCAGCAUAAUUUAUUUGACUUGAUGCACGAUGCAAUUCGACUCGGAAUAGUCACACAUGCUGAGCUUGUCGGGCAUAUUGUGGGUAAGGCUAUCGGCGGCACGACAGUGGAGGAUAUGGGUUCCAAGUAUUUUGAGGCCAUCACAGGCGCCAGAAGCUCGCAGAAUGUGGCGUUGGCGGGGGACAGGUAG